GACCGGAAGUGGGGUUUCGGUACUGACGGGUCUGGAGGAGUUUUUUCUUGGCUAACGCCGCUCACCUCCGGAGUCUUGGGGACGGGCCGUAUAUGAGACCCUCGCGUUAGUGACUCCGUUCUAACCCUUGUCUGGCCUUUCCCCUGCAAAGCGACUUUAGGAGUCGGGAGCGGGGGGGGAGCAACCCAAAAAAAUUGCAGUAUCCUUUGCGCCUUUCGUUUCCGGGCGGCCGGUUGCCGUGGCAACCAGCGCGCCCCAGCGCCGCGGCGGCGGGCAUGGCCGGGCUGGGCGGCGCGCACGUCCCCGAUGGCGAGUUCACCGCCGUCGUGUACCGGCUCCUCCGCGACGCCCGCUACGCCGAGGCGGUGCAGCUGCUGGGCGCCGAGCUGCAGCGGAGCCCGAGGAGCCGCGCCGGCCUGUCGCUGCUCGGCUACUGCUACUACCGCCUGCAGGAGUUCGCGCUGGCCGCCGAGUGCUAUGAGCAGCUGGGCCAGCUGCACCCGGAGCUCGAGCAGUACCGCCUGUACCAGGCCCAGGCCCUGUACAAGGCCUGCCUCUACCCGGAGGCCACCCGCGUGGCCUUCCUGCUGCUGGACAACCCCGCCUACCGCGGCCGGGUCCUCCGCCUGCAGGCCGCCAUCAAGUACAGCGAGGGCGACCUGCCCGGGGCCAAGAGCCUGGUGGAGCAGCUGCUGAGCGCGGAAGGCGGGGACGACAGCGGGGGCGACGGCGAGCCCGACGGCCAGGUCAACCUGGGCUGUUUGCUCUACAAGGAGGGACAGUACGAAGCCGCGUGCUCCAAGUUCUUCGCGGCGCUGCAGGCCUCGGGCUACCGGCCCGACCUGUCCUACAACCUGGCCUUGGCCUAUUACAGCCGCCGGCAGUACGCCCCGGCGCUCAAGUACAUCGCCGACAUCAUCGAGCGUGGCAUCCGCCAGCACCCGGAGCUCGGUGUGGGCAUGACCACCGAGGGCAUUGAUGUCCGAAGCGUUGGCAACACCUUAGUGCUUCACCAGACCGCCCUGGUCGAGGCCUUCAACCUCAAGGCCGCCAUAGAGUACCAACUGAGAAACUAUGAGGCGGCCCAGGAGGCCCUCACGGACAUGCCACCGAGGUCAGAAGAAGAGUUGGACCCCGUGACCCUGCACAACCAGGCGCUGAUGAACAUGGACACCAGGCCUACGGAAGGGUUUGAAAAGCUACAGUUUCUGCUCCAGCAGAACCCCUUCCCCCCAGAGACCUUUGGCAACCUGCUGCUGCUCUACUGUAAGUAUGAGUAUUUUGACCUGGCGGCGGAUGUCCUGGCAGAGAAUGCCCAUUUGACCUACAGGCUUCUCACCCCCUAUCUCUAUGACUUCUUGGAUGCCAUGAUCACCUGCCAGACGGCUCCGGAAGAGGCUUUCGUUAAGCUUGAUGGGCUGGCAGGGAUGCUGACCGAACAGCUCCGGAGACUCACCAUCCAAGUACAGGAAGCAAGACACAAUAGAGACGAUGAAGCUGUCAAGAAGGCAGUGAAUGAGUAUGAUGACACCCUGGAGAAGUACAUCCCCGUGUUGAUGGCCCAGGCAAAGAUCUACUGGAACCUUGAGAAUUAUCCAAUGGUGGAAAAGAUCUUCCGCAAAUCUGUGGAAUUCUGUAAUGACCACGAUGUGUGGAAGCUGAACGUGGCUCACGUCCUGUUCAUGCAGGAAAACAAAUACAAAGAAGCCAUCGGUUUCUAUGAGCCCAUAGUCAAGAAGCAUUAUGACAACAUCUUGAACGUCAGUGCUAUCGUGCUGGCUAACCUGUGUGUUUCGUACAUUAUGACAAGUCAGAAUGAAGAAGCUGAGGAGUUGAUGAGAAAGAUUGAGGAGGAAGAGCAGCUGUCCUACGAUGACCCCGAUAAGAAAAUCUACCAUCUCUGCAUUGUGAAUUUGGUGAUAGGGACACUCUAUUGUGCCAAAGGAAAUUAUGACUUUGGUAUUUCUCGGGUUAUCAAAAGCCUGGAACCUUAUCAUAAGAAACUGGGAACUGACACCUGGUAUUAUGCCAAAAGAUGCUUCCUGUCCUUAUUAGAAAACAUGUCAAAACAUACGAUCAUGCUCCGUGACAGUGUUAUUCAAGAAUGUGUCCAGUUUCUAGAACAAUGUGAACUUUAUGGCAGAAACAUUCCUGCUGUUAUUGAACAACCCCUGGAAGAAGAAAGAAUGCACACUGGAAAGAAUACAGUCACAUACGAGUCCAGACAGUUAAAGGCUUUGAUUUAUGAGAUUAUAGGAUGGAAUAUAUAGUUAUGUCUGAUAGAAUAUCUUUUAUCAUAAUACCUUUAUAUAUAUUUUGUGGUUUUAUCUAUAUUUAGCUAUAGAUAUUUAUAUUUAGCAUCUUUACAUUUGUCACAUGUUAAACUGUAUAUUUGAAAAGUCAUAUUAAUUAGAUUAAAUAAUCUUAUUGUAACUUUUGACACCUAGAAUAAUAUAUGAAAAAUCAAAACUGAUUGGGACUCUGCAUUUGUUAGAACUUGUAGUGCCUUUUUCUUCUCCUUUGUUAUCAUAUGUGUCUGGUUGUAUUUAGAGUCCCCUGCACAUGGAUUAUAAUUUCCAGGGGCAUGGCACUCUCAAACCCAGUUUGAUAGUGUAGUUAACAUGUAGGAUUUCUAGGCUUUUACUGUUAAGUUUUAGGGAUUGUGUGUUCCUUUCUCACAAUUUACUCUUUAAUUUGAAUAUACACACAUUUUGCAUAGAGUUUAAGAUGUUUUGGCAGGGUUUUUCAAUAUAGAUGUAACACUUUCUGUAACCAAAAUUCCUUAGGUGAUAAAUGUUUGGGUUUCUUUUUCUGUUUUUUUUUUUUUUUUUAAUGUACAAAUUUAGAGGGAUAUCUUGUGCCCUUAGUAUUAUGGUACUAUAGUAUAGAGACAAUAAACAAUUGCUGAAGAAACAAGUUUUCUUUUGUUCCACUUGUUAAUAAUGUGUACAUAUGAACAAGAUACUUUGUUACGUUUUUCAUAACUGCUCUCAUUUAUCUCUAAAUAGUGACUAAUAGCAGAAGUACCCUGAAAACUUAGUUCUAAUUCCUACCUACUUAGGUUACUGUUGGAGUUUUUCUGUGUUGUAGCCUCUUUGGUAAGGAAAAAUCUACACUAUUGCCAUGACCCCACCAAACUUCUUUCCUGCCUCUAUAACAUAUUAAAGGAGGUGAAACCUUAUCUGGUAGGUUCAUAAUGCUAGUUUCACACUCCCAACAUUCCCAAGGAGAACUCCACUCAUUCUGCUUAGGCAUUUUUUUUUCUGAACCAUAUAUGAGCUUUACUGUUUGUUCACUUACUCCUUCUCUACCCAUAAAUGUAACUGUCAACUCCAAUUUAACCUGGCUCAGAAAAAAAAAAAGUAUUAGGUUGAAUGAUAUGAAAUUGCUGAUCUUGAAAGUUAUU